AUGACACGUGACGGCUUUCAAGAUCUUUGGAAGAACAUCAUGGAAAGUAGGAAUCAUUGGAUAAACCCUCCUGGCCCAAGUGAUGCCGUAGCUUCUUUUUGUAACUCCAUCUCAAACUUCGACCGAAGUCCCAGCAAUGUUCCUGUAACGCCCAGCCGGGUACCAAGCUGCACAGAUAGUCUGGUGUCCGAUGGAGACAAAGCUGGUGCCACACUACUAUUCUCUGGAGCCUUUUUGACCCUGAUUGGUAUGACGUUAACAGCGAUGGGGUGGACAAAGUACAAUGUGAACCAGAGCUACGAGUGGACGCAGCUACUUGGGCCUAUUUUACUGUCAGUUGGAGGCAUGUUUGUGCUCAUAAGCGUCUGUAAAUUCCGAAUGCUCUCCUGCCAGUCCUGUAAGCAGAAUGACGGGGAGAGGACAUCUGACACAGACCCUCUGCCACCCCAUUCAGGACCAUCGUUUGUCUUCACUGGACUUAACCAACCCAUAACCUUCCACAGAGCUACGGUAGUACAGUACAUCCCGCCACCAUACGGCUCUUUGAUACAGGACCAGAGUUUGGGUACGGCUGAUGGUUUGCAUUCCGGUCACCAGCCAUUGGCAGUUACAGUGAACCCGCCACCACAGUACUACAGCGUGUAUCCCAUGGAAAACCUUGCUUUUAUUUCUGGUGAAUAUGACAACACUGCAGUAGAACAGAAGGAAAGCAGCAGCUCAGGGGAAGAGGAGGAAGGGAAAGUGAACACAGCAGAUAGCGCCUCCUCUCCACCUGCAUAUGAAGACAUUUUUGCUACCUCUUCAUGUGACUCCUUAUGA